CGACGCAAAUGCGCCAACAAUUUGUAAGCUUACUUUACAAACUACAAGUCAAUAUAUAUAAGCGUGUGUAAGAAAAGUUUGUUUAUAGGCCUACACACUUUGUUGUAUAAGCUGUUAGAGAGAACUUCUAUUACUUUCCAGCUCGUUUCAUGUAUUCCAUUAUGCAUAGGCCGACAUCUCUUCUACGAUAUUGAUUGGAAUUUUACUUUGUAUUGGAUUUGAUUUAAAGCUCGUUUUUAAAAUGGAAUGUAGCCCUAAGUUGUUUCGUCAUGAGCAAAGGCCAGCAACAUUUGGUGACUUUGGAUUUGAUGUCAGGGAUUUGAUACACAAAUCUAAAAGUUUAGAUAGACCUGUCACUUUUGCUGACUUCGGAGUUGAUGUGGAAAAAGAAAAACCUAUUGUACACACAGCAAUUGGAACAUGCCGCAAGUUAAGUAACCUCGAUUGUAAAGAGAAGGUGUUCGUCUGUCUCUCGUUAUUUACGAUGUUAUUCUGCAUCGGAUUGACAAUUGAACGACUUUUGAUUGUCGACAUACAAUCUUCCAAUUUCACGUUUGUUCUUCUUGUUUUAGUAAACUGUGUGUUUUGUGUAUAUUAUGUGGUACACGCAGUACUUCGGGAGCAUCCAUGGGAACUGUUUGCCUUCGGUACAGUAGUUUUAAUGGUACUGGCCAUCUGUAUUGCUAACUACAUUCUAACGUAUCAUCACACACAGGAUCACGUCAAGUUGGUUCGUCUUGUGUUGAUAAGCUGUGUUGCUCCGUUCGUGUUAGCAUUAGCCAUCAAAAUCGGCAUCAAUUAUCACCGUGCAAGGAAUCUUAUUUUUAGAACAGUUGGUGCCAACUUACAACUUCAACAUAUUUGUGGCAAGAUGUAUUUAUUUGCUGAUUUACAGAAAUUCGAUUUACAACUUCAGAUUAGUAUGUUGGUGCUGGUGCUUAAGGAGGGCGCAAGUUUAAAUUUGUUUGAAGAAAUAGUGUUAGGCGUCGGGAUUCCGCUUGGCUUAAUCUGGAACGUGCUAGGAUACAUAUCGGUAUGGAGAGAAAGUAAAUCUUUAGUGGCCAUAUAUUUAUCAACAAGUUGGAUUUUUCCUGCAUACAUUUUGUACAAAUACAUUGAUAUUGGUUAUGACUGGCUACCAACAUCAUCCAAGCUCCUCCCAACAUGCAUCAUAAUAUGUGGAACGUUAGCAUUCAUCAUUCGAGUAUGGUUAGUUGGUGUCAUCGUGUUUCUGUAUCGCCAUUUUGGUCAUGCUUUGGGAAACAAGGUUUUUGGGUCAGGAAGAAAUUGGCGAAACUCGUCAGGUAUGGAAAUCAAGACAUUCAGGCCAAAAUCCUCUUCACGACUAAGCAGCGUUCGACUAAAGACAUGGCCUCCCAAAUUCAAGAAAUCUCUGAAAGAUAAACGGCGCAGCGAAAGAGAUUUAAUCAAAGAAAGACCGGAAAGCUCAACAUCACGUGAUCGGUCGUCACAAACUGACACUUCAUCACAAGUUGGCCUUAUAAUGGAGAAGACGAAUCCGAAACGAAAUGAUAAGAAAAAGACUAUGACAUUAAGCUUUAAAAUUACGAAGUCAGACGGCAAAUGAACUUUUGCAAAAAAGAAAAACUGUCUGCGAAUUUGACUGUUUGAAGUACGGUAGAUUCUACCAUUUUACAGUAAACCUAUCAUAGUUACCUAUGAUGUCACGUAAAUUCGUGGCACAAAGCGUCUAUGAAGUUAUUUUAACGUGGCUGAGACAAUCCAUGUCUCUUUAUUUGACUUGGAAUAAACUGUAGAAAAGUACCAAACAUGUACGGUUAAGGGUAUUAUACGCUACGUUUCUAUAUUAUAAUUGACAAUUAUAAUGUUAAAUGAACAUUUUAUAAAUAAUUUGUCACACAAAGCUUUAUAAUCGAUCAUAUCCAUAUCAAUUCUUCCUGCUUACGGUGUUUUGGUAACGUUUUGGAGUAAUUUUUGUAGGCCUUAGCUUAUCUAAUGUUCAGAUAUCGUGCCAUCAUUAAGGACCAAAAUGCUAAUUUUGUCACAGUAAGUUUAUGGUAUGGUGGAACUUUAUAAAGAGCUUUAUAAUCGAUCUUCACCAUAUUAAGUCAUCCUAUUUACGGUAACGUUUAAAAGUGAUUUUUGUAAGCCUUAGCCUGCCUAUCUAAUUGCUAUUUAUCGUGUCGUCAUAAGGAACAAGAUGGCGAAAAGUUUGAAAACGGGCUUAAAGAUCGACAUUUUGAUUAUGAUGUCGUCAUGGGUAACUUUGUGGUAUUCUGUAGGCCGGUCAACAUUUAUGUAUUUAUUUAAUCAUCACUGUCACAGAAAAAAUAUUUAGAAAUAAAUUAUUUUUUCAUUUACAUAGUUAAAUAUAUUUUAAGAUAUUAACGCUCAUUUGAAGCAUAAAAACACAUUAGGAAUAUCAUUUUGUGGAUGGUGUCCUGGAGUACUUAGGCAAUUUUGACAUGUUAUUGAAGAUAAUCUAAAAAAUGAUUAAAAAUAAAUAAUAAAUGAAUACAA